CGGCAAGGGGAAUGGCCUAGUAGAGGCUGCUCCCGCUAGGCCGCCCUGGGCCCCGCCCUCCGGAGUCCCCGCCCCCGGCUCCUCCCGCCUCCGCUCCCUUAGGCGUCGGCCGCCGCUCCCCUGGGGGAUCCCCGCGGCCAUGUCGGUCCGGUCCCCGGGCGCCGCCCGCCCGGACCCCGACGGCGGCGGCGGCCGCUACGAGACCCUCUUCCGGAAACUGGACGGCAACGGCGACGGCCGCAUCGACAUCGCCGAGCUGCACCGAGCCCUCCUCGACCUGCGCAUCCCGCUCGGACGCCACGCCGAGGAGAAAAUUUUUAAAGCUGGAGAUACCAACCAAGAUGGACAGCUAGAUUUUGAAGAAUUUACGAAAUACCUUAAAGAUCAUGAGAAAAAAAUGAAACUGGCAUUUAAGAGUCUGGAUAAAAACAAUGAUGGAAAAAUCGAUGCUUCAGAAGUGGUUCAGUCUCUCAAGAUAUUGGGUAUAGAUAUUUCUGAGCAACAGGCGGAAAAGAUCCUUCAGAGCAUGGAUGCUGAUGGCACAAUGUCAGUGGACUGGAACGAAUGGAGGGACCAUUUUCUAUUUAAUCCUGCAGCAAACCUUGAGGAAAUUGUCCGCUUCUGGAAACAUUCCACUGUAUUUGAUAUUGGGGAAAGCUUAGCUGUACCCGAUGAAUUCACAGAGGAGGAGAAAACAACUGGUCAGUGGUGGAGACAGCUGUUGGCGGGAGGUGUUGCUGGUGCUGUCUCUCGAACCGGCACGGCGCCAUUAGAUCGGCUGAAAGUCAUGAUGCAGGUUCAUGGUUCCAAGUCCAAUCAAAUAAAUAUAGUUAGUGGCUUUAAGCAGAUGGUAAAAGAAGGAGGUAUCCGUUCCCUUUGGAGAGGAAAUGGAGUGAAUGUCCUUAAAAUUGCACCUGAGACAGCUGUUAAAUUUUGGGCAUAUGAACAGUAUAAGAAGCUGCUUACUAAAGAUGGUGCCAAAGUGGGAACGGUAGAAAGAUUUGUUUCUGGUUCUCUGGCUGGAGCCACUGCACAGACUUUUAUCUACCCCAUGGAGGUCCUCAAGACUAGACUGGCUGUCGGGAAAACUGGCCAGUACUCUGGGAUGUUUGAUUGUGCCAAGAAGAUAUUGAAACACGAAGGUUUGCGAGCCUUCUACAAAGGCUAUAUUCCUAACUUCCUGGGGAUCAUACCAUAUGCAGGUAUAGACCUGGCUGUUUACGAGCUUCUGAAGAACAAUUGGUUGGACCGUUACGCCAAAGACUCUGUAAAUCCCGGGGUGCUUGUUCUUCUGGGAUGCGGUACCAUGUCCAGCACGUGUGGGCAGUUAGCCAGUUACCCACUGGCCUUAGUGAGAACCCGCAUGCAAGCUCAAGCCAUGAUGGAAGGAGCUCCCCAGCUGAAUAUGGUUGGCCUGUUUCAACGGAUAAUUAGGAAAGAAGGAGUCCUAGGGCUCUACAGAGGCAUCACUCCCAACUUCAUGAAAGUGCUCCCUGCAGUCAGCAUCAGCUAUGUGGUGUAUGAGAAAAUGAAACAAAAUCUGGGAAUAGCCUGAAGGCUUGAAGGAUUGAGCCAUUGGGAUCAGCGAGAUGGCUUGAAGCAAAGUGACAAGUUUCAUGUUUUUAAAAUUGCAACAAGACCUCUGGGAAAAUUUGCUGAAUGUUUUCCUACAAGGAUGGAUAGGUAACAGCUCAUGACACAAUUUCCUCUUUUUUAAUAAACCAAAAUGACAAUUGAAUCAUUAAAAGCAGAUAUCAGUUGAGGUUUGGGAAAUUCUUCCCAAGUUAAAAUCUUUAACGUACAUUUACCUCUCUUUAUGAACUUUCUGAUCACUGGACCAUCCUGAAAUGUAAAGGCGAUAGGGCUGGUGGUGAGUUUAGAUUGUAGUUUAAGAUUUUAAAACAUUCACCUCUUGUCCAGAACUAUUGAAUGCAGAUAACUAUUUUUUAAAAGAAUUGAACCUUGCAAUCUAUUUUGCAGAGAAUGAUUGAUUAACGUAUGUGAAUUUAAUACUAGCCAAAAAAGUACUACUUUUGCUCGUCUUUAAAUACAGUGCAAAGGAUCAAUCUUUUGUGCACCAGGAUACCUCAGUCUUCCAUCAGUGAUGUGUGUUUUUAAUGGAGUUGUGGUGAUUUUAUUGCUCAUUUCAUUAUAUGAUCUUACAUUUUUACUUGUACUGCAGUAUCAAUAUUGUUAGUGUCUUUGUUUUUAGGUAUGAUUUCUGAAUUUUAAUCGGGAAUCAUCAAUGUGGCAAAUGUGUACUAAUUGUAUGAGAAUUAUUGCGUAUGAUCUAGGAGUGGAAAAAAAAGAGUACAAUGAGUCAGAUCCACAUAGAACCUAAAAAUUUAUCUGUUUUUCCCGUCUUUAAGUUCUUCUUUGAAGCAGGUUUUAUUGAAUCAUUUCUUGAAACAACUUGUAGUGAAUCAGUUGUGACCAGGCAAACCUAUGAAAUAUGUUCCUUGAUUAUUGAAGAUGCUUGCUAAUGGAUAAAUGAUUCCUUCAUUCUUCUUGAAUUAAAUUUAUUGGCUCCAUUUUUCUGAACUCAUACUAGUAUGGAGGUUAAGCUAUAAAUGACAGAGCAGAGUGAACUCCCAAAGCAUUGGAAUUUUCCCAAAGAUUAUAUUUUAAUAAAACGUGUUUUAUUUCAAAUCACUUGUGAGUUGCAAGUCACUCCUAGAUGCCACAGAUAGGGCAAUUUCAGUGACUUAAAACUCAUUCCCAUUGAGAGUUGUAUGCCUAUAGUGCCUUGAAAUAAACUUUUUUAAAUGUUUAGUAAUAGUUAUGGUAUUUCUUAAGCACUUACUAUGUAUCAAGCACUGUUCUAAGAACUGGGGUAGAUACAAGCUAAUCAGAUUGGAUGCAUAAUGUUUAAAACCUCAGUUCUACCCACGCACCAAAAUUUAGAUAGUACCUAGACUGACUGUGGAAUAUAGCUGUUGUUGAACAGAAGGAUGUAAUUUAGCCAUUAAAAUCAGAGUGGAUGUAACUUUCUCAGAUGAAGAGGUAAAGCCCUUGAGGGAUAGUUGGCAUUUGAAUGUAAUCAUUGUUCGUACUCUAUCAAAUUUUGAAAUCUGGGAAGGAACCCAGAGAGACAGGGUUGGUUUGACAAAAGCCAGUUUUCUAGUUGGCUCCCCUUGAUUUUGCAACAAUACUUAAAAAUUACAUUAACUACAGGCUUCUGUAAAUGAUUCCUGAUGCUUUGACACUCUAAUGACUUUGAAACAAGUUUUUGUUUUACUUUUUCUUUUUUAUUUUGUACUUUUAGCAUGCCUCUACCUUCCUACUUGGAUAGACUGUGUGCUAGUAUAGCAUCUUUUUACAUAUAGUUUUUGUCUUAACAUAGCUUUUUAUGACGUGUAUGAUUUAGGAAGUUUUACCUUUCAGUGUUUCAUCUGGAUAAUAAGAGAAGACAAUGUAGAAGAAUCAGACAACCAAAAUUUUUCCAGGAAACAAAAUGUAGGUCUUUUUAUUAGUCUUUCUAAAGUGCCAUUAAAAUGGACAAUAGAGUUUCAAAGAGAUAAGGUAAAUGUUUUUCACCGACUGCUGGAAAAUAGUGAAAAUAUUUGCAUUUCAUUAUUUGUAUUUUGUAAAAGUCGAAAGAGAUUUGUAUACUUCAUGCAUUUCAAUACAAUGCUGUUUAUAUUCAUCAUGUAAAAGAACAGCCUAUGUCAACAGCAAAUUCAGAAUCACUUGAAAUAAAAACAAUUUAAAAAGGCA